UGGAAGAAGGAGGCAGGUAUCCUCCUCCUCCUCACCUCCAUUCUUUUUUUUACAGUCAGGAAAUUUAGCUAUCUCAAAAUAAUUUGUGUGUGUCAAACCUGCUUUGGCCAAUGAACUGUCUUUCCUUGCCUCCUCCAGAAUAAUGGCAGGCUUUUUGCUUUCAUCUGUUGUAGCUGUAUGAAUUGUUCCCAUCGCUCAUGGACCGCCUUCCAGGGCCUCAUAAGAAGGCAUUGGAGAGCACAGAGAUGCUGCUUUCACUAUCAAAGGAAGAAAUACGGAAACAUAGGGAGCAAGAACCCACACAGGAGCCACGGGAUUUCAUUGAUUAUUACCUGCGUGAAAUGGAGAAAGAGAAGAAUAAGAAUGAUCCUACCUCUGCCUUGGAUGAAGAGAACCUGAUUCACUCCAUUCACGACAUAUAUUUUGCUGGAUUGGAAACUAUCAGUACACCUAUGAAAUGGGCACUCCUCAUUUUGGCAAACCAUCCAGAUGUCCAAGAUAAAAUCUUCAAGGAGAUUGAAGAUGUUGUGGGCUCCUCUAAUAUCUGCUAUGAUGACCACAAAAGACUGCCUUAUACUCAUGCAGUGAUUCAUGAAGUCCAGCGUUACAGAUAUCCCAUGCUGGUAGGAGUUGCAAGGCAAACUACCAGAGAUGUCCACAUGAGAGGUUACAUCAUCCCAAAGGGGACAUACAUUGCACCCAAUAUACGCUCUGUUCUUCUUGACGAUGAGUACUGGGAAACUCCAUACAAAUUUAAUCCCAACCAUUUUUUGGACAAGGAUGGAAAUUUUGUCGCUAGAAAAGAAUUUCUGGGAUUUGGUACAGGGCCUCGGUCAUGCUUGGGGGAACCUGUGGCCAGGAUGGAGCUAUUUAUCUGCUUGACCCGCCUGCUGAGGGUAUUCAAUUUCCAGCCUCCUCCAGGAAUAAAGGAAUUCACUGAAGAACCUGCAAAGAACUUAUCAGCAUCACCCCAACCCUUUAAAGUGUGUGCUAUUCCUCGCAAUAAUUAAUCAUAAAACAUUCAAGAAUAAUUACAAUUACUUCUUAAUCAUUGCUGUAUAUUUAAAGCAAAUCCCCCCUUCAAUUAAUUUGAUGUUCCCAGACCUCUUCUCUAUCUCUAGAACCUCUAACAAAUCUGAGACAUUGCUCAAUGCUAAAUUAAUUUUAUUUCAUUCUGUUUGGUGUUAUUGUACCUAUUGCUCAAAUGAAAGAAUUCUUGCUAUGGAUAUCCAUAGGCAGAGGCGGCCCUAGGCAAUUUUCAACAGUAAGCAAACAAA